AUGACACACCAAGCUCACACAUACCACAUAGUAGACCCCAGCCCCUGGCCACUAACAGGUGCAGCCGCUGCUUUCCUAUUAACAUGAGGCAUUGCGAUCUGAUUCCACUAUAGCUCAAUAACACUAGUAUCCCUUGGACUUAUUCUUCUUUUAUUAACUAUGAUUCAAUGAUGGCGAGAUAUUAUCCGAGAAAGUACAUAUCAAGGCCAACACACCCCCCCUGUACAAAAAGGACUACGAUACGGUAUAGUAUUAUUUAUUUCAUCAGAAGUAUUAUUUUUUAUUGGAUUUUUUUGAGCCUUUUACCACUCGAGUCUCUCCCCCACUCCUGAGCUGGGAGGUGUCUGACCACCCACAGGUAUUACACCAUUAAACCCGUUCGAGGUCCCUCUUCUUAAUACAGCAGUCCUUCUUGCUUCUGGGGUUACAGUUACAUGAACACACCAUAGUAUUAUGGCUGGAGAACGAAAACAAGCAAUUCAAUCAUUAUCAUUAACUAUUAUUCUCGGACUUUACUUUACAACCCUUCAAGCUAUGGAGUAUUAUGAAGCUCCUUUUACAAUUGCAGACGGGGUCUAUGGUUCAACUUUUUUCGUUGCCACAGGAUUCCAUGGAUUACAUGUAAUCAUUGGCUCUACUUUCCUAGCAGUAUGCUUACUCCGAACAGGUUCAAAUUCCACUUUACAACACAACACCAUUUUGGCUUUGAAGCAGCAGCUUGAUACUGACAUUUUGUUGAUGUUGUUUGAUUAUUCCUGUAUAUCUCCAUCUAUUGAUGAGGAUCUUAAAU